UUGGAAAUUCACAGAGUCAAUGAUUUGAAGACUGGUACACUGGUAGGAACAGACAAAUACGGAAACAAAUACUAUGAAGACAAAAGAAACUUCUUUGGUCGACACAGAUGGGUCAUCUAUACUGAAGAAAUGAAUGGCAAAAAUACAUUUUGGGAAGUUGAUGGCAGUAUGGUGCCCCCUGAAUGGCAUCGCUGGCUUCAUUCAAUGACGGAUGACCCUCCAACUACUCAUCCACCAGUUGCUCGUAAAUUUAUCUGGGAGAACCAUAAAUUCAAUCUGAGUGGCACUCCCGGACAGUACGUACCUUACUCUACUACUCGCAAGAAGAUACAAGAGUGGGUCCCACCUACAACAGCUAGCAAAUAACAAAUGUGACAUGCAUCUGCCUUGGCUUUCAGUGUAAAUUGUAUUUUCACUGGUUUUGUUCAAAAUAAAAGCCUCCUGUA